AUGGCGCACAAUAAAAAUGAGCUGCUGCAAGAAAUUUGUAUUGCCAGAAAAGCAAAUAGCAAUAGGGAUAACUUUGUACAAGACUAUGCCAUGACUGAUGUCCAAGUGUUUGAUCAAGCAGAUUUAGAAAGCACGAUCACCAAUAAAGCCAACAAGCUACUUUUAAUUAAAGAUGUCGAACAAGACGAAAAGAGGCUAGAGAAAGCUAUCAAAAGUCUCAAUGUGACAGUAAAACACAUCAACCAACUAAACAACAAGCUUUCCCACCCACGUACAAAGAUUAGCGAAAAAAAGCGAAUCAGAGAGGAGGUCCAGUGGCUUGAGGAGAACGAGCUUACUGGUAAGCGACAGGAUGUGGAAGAUAUCCAGUCAAGAAUCAAACUGAACAAACAAGCACUCGAUGAACCAAGAGGUGGCGACGAGGACAGUGCCAGAGGUGGUGGAAGACUUCCUGGUGAAAGCGAACGCGAUUACCUCAUACGUAUUGGUAAAAUAACAGCAUUUGGUAAUGAAAACGCGUUCGAACUGGUUGGUGAAGAAAGUCAAAAUCACGUCUUCUUGCGCAAGCCAGGAUUUGAGCAGGAUGUCAAAAGGAUAGAGAAACUUGUAACUGAAAAUGAAGAUAAGGAUGUGGAUGAGGGUGAAUGUAUGGAUGAAGAUGUGGAUGCAGCGUCAGAUGAGGAUUACAGUUAUGACGACGAGCUAGCAAAAGAGGAAGAAAUCAUUGCCGAAGAAGAUGAUGAGAGUGAAGAAAUCGAAGAAAAAGAAGCGGAAGACGAAGAAAUUCGGAACAUCGAUGACGGUAAUGAACCUUUCUACCAGAAAAGAUUGCAAAACUGGGUAAAAAAGAGAUCAUCACUUCGACCAAUUGAUAAUAACGAUCGCAAUGAAGAAUGGUUUAAACCACAUCCCACUAUACCGGACUCAAAACUCAAUGACUCCUUCAGAUUGCCCGGUGAUAUUUACCCGUCACUUUUUGACUACCAAAAAACUUGUGUUCAGUGGCUUUGGGAGUUGUAUUCGCAAAAAACGGGAGGUAUAAUUGGAGAUGAAAUGGGUUUAGGUAAAACAAUUCAGAUAAUAUCAUUCUUAGCUGGACUACAUUAUUCGGGGCUAUUGCAAAAGCCAGUGUUAAUUGUUGUCCCGGCAACUGUGUUGAAUCAAUGGGUAAAUGAGUUUCAUAGGUGGUGGCCACCGCUUCGAUGUGUAAUACUACACAGCAUUGGAUCGGGGAUGGCCAAUGAAGAAAAAGUUAGUGAGGCCAAAAUGGAAGAGUUUUUAGAAACAUGGGAUCCACAAACAUCCAAAACAUCACUCAGGGGUAUAAAGACACAAAUCAAUGCCCAGAAAAUUGUCGAUACAGUUGUUGCCAAAGGUCAUGUGUUGAUAACAACAUACGUUGGACUUCGAAUUUACUCCAAGUACAUUCUACCACAAGAAUGGGGAUACUGUGUUUUGGAUGAGGGACACAAGAUCAGAAACCCAGACCUGGAUAUCUCACUAACAUGCAAACAAAUCAAAACAGUUAAUCGGAUUAUUUUAUCAGGGACCCCAAUCCAAAAUAAUUUAACUGAGUUGUGGUCGUUGUUUGAUUUUGUCUUCCCUGGCAGGCUAGGCACGUUACCCGUUUUUCAACAGCAGUUUUCUAUACCGAUUAAUGUGGGUGGAUAUGCAAACUCGAACAACCUUCAAGUAAAAACUGCCUACAAAUGUGCAGUUGUUUUGCGGGAUUUGAUCUCACCUUAUUUGCUUAGACGGUUGAAGAAUGAUGUAGCUAAAGACUUGCCAAAAAAGAGCGAAAUGGUGCUCUUUGUCAAGCUAACUAGGGUGCAGCAAGAUUUGUAUGAAAAAUUUCUCGAUAGUGAAGACUUGAAUUCUAUUCUCAAGGGGAAAAGAAAUGUUCUCAUGGGGGUUGAUAUGUUGAGAAAGAUCUGUAACCACCCGGAUUUGAUAUAUAGAGAUGCGUUGAUGCACAAGGCAAACUAUGGAGACCCAAGGAAGUCUGGGAAAAUGCAAGUUUUGAAAAACCUAUUACAGCUAUGGCAAAGUGAGGGCCACAAGACUUUGUUGUUCUGCCAAACCAGGCAAAUGCUCGAUAUUUUGGAGAAAUUUGUUGCUAAUUUGCCCUUGCUCGAUGAUAAAUCGAAGCGCUUUACCUACUCACGAAUGGAUGGCUCUACAGCUAUCUCCAAAAGACAGAAUUUGGUCGACAACUUCAACAAUGACCCCAAACUUCACGUAUUUUUGCUCACCACAAAAGUAGGUGGCUUGGGAGUUAACUUGACUGGUGCUGAUAGAGUUAUUAUAUACGAUCCAGAUUGGAACCCGUCUACAGAUAUACAGGCCAGGGAAAGAGCAUGGCGAUUGGGCCAAAAAAAGGAUAUCACUAUAUACAGGCUUAUGACGACAGGCUCAAUUGAGGAAAAGAUUUAUCAUCGACAGAUUUUCAAAACAUUUUUGCAAAACAAAAUCUUAAAGGAUCCGAAGCAGAGGCGAUUCUUCAAAAACAAUGAUUUACAUGACUUGUUUACCUUGGGAGAUCAAGAUGAAAAGGGAACGGAAACUGGAGAUAUGUUUCAUGCUAGAAGUGAACAAAAGUACAGCGGUAAUAAGCUGAGGAAAUCAGCAUCGUUGACGAGAAGGAGGCACGAAAACGAUGAUGACUAUAGUCAAGUUGCAAAUAUAACCGGUGUUUCAAGGUUGGGACAGUAUGAAGAGCAAGAAGAAGAACAUAGGCCAGAAAGUAGAAACGAUGAUAGCCGGUUUAUGGAUGGGAUCUUUGCUCAAAGCGGCGUCCACAGUGCGUUGAAGCAUGAUGAGAUUAUCAACUACAAUGAUGAAGAAGCCCGAUUAGCCGAGAAGGAAGCUGAGAAGUAUGUGAGUCAAGCAACUGAGGCGCUUCAGAGAUCAAGAAAAUUGGCUAGGAAGAAACCAGUAGGUACUCCUACUUGGACGGGAAAAUUUGGCAGUGCUGGUAAAUUGAAAGGCACAUUUGGACUUAAGAAGAGGAAGACUGGAGAGGGGGAUUCCACCUCCAUUUUGAAUAACUUGAGAAGGAGGGCUGAGGAGUAG